AUGCCGCGCCAACAGAUCAACCUGGAGCCCUAUCGAGAGGAGAUUGUCUCACUUUUUCAGCACGGCAUCAGUAGCGACGCGAUCAGCCGCACUCUCGAGAGCCGGUAUAACAUCCAGGUGCGGGAGCGGACCAUCCAGUCCCGACUCCGCAAGUGGGGCAUUCGCAAGCGACACCGGACGACAACGGCCGAUGAAGCCUUGCAUGCUCGCAUCAGACUGCUCUUCGUGCAGGACAAGCUGACCGACAAGGCCAUGUUGAAGCUGCUGCGACAGGAGGGCUACGACAUCUCCGAGCGAACCUUGCGCCGCCUACGCUUCCAGCUAGGGCUUCAUGCGCGGGCUCCUUCGGAGCCAGAGCAGGCGCCCCUCAAUGCCCCAGAGGCACCACCGAUGAUAACAGAAACAUGA